GCUGCCAUAUUUGUUGGGUGAUCUUGAUCUGGCGCUGGAUCUCAUUAUGUUCCUUGGGAUGAAAUCGUACAUCACCGUGUGGACUUGGGUUGAAAUCGAACUGCCGUCUACAUUUUCCGAUGGAAAGCGUGAGUCUGAAAAAGCUGACCAGCUGUACUUCCGUCUUCCCAAGAAGAAGAAAGCCGGAUGUCUGGGCUAUAUAUAGACUACCAAAGUAUAGAUUUGAAGAUUUGACCAGACAGCGACAACUCUUGCCAAUGCAGAGCGGAAAG